AUGUCGUGCCGAGCUCCGCUCUUCUCACUGCUUCCGCUGUCGGGGCUUUCGGGUGUCGAAUAUUUGUCGACGGACGCCGUCGCCUUGUCACGGCCGGGACGCCGGGUCCGCCCUGUCUUCGCGGUGCUUGUCACGCUAUGGCUGCUGUCGGGCGCGGCCUUCGCGGCGUGGCUGUGCUACUCGACGCACGCGACGUACCUCGGCGAUCGCUACCGCCGCCUCGACACGUGGUGCUACGACAUCGCAACUUUGGGGGUGUUGGACGGAAGAUUGCUGGCAGACAUUUCGGCGACAUCGGUUCCCGCAACCCCCUCCGCGACGUGUAAGCGCAUCGUCGAGCACGAUGCUGCCGUGACUGACAAUCGUGAAGUGAUUCAUCAUGAGGCGAAUGCUGCUAUCAGAGACAGAUUGAAAUAUCUGCGAGGUGCUGGCUUUGCCCAAGCAAUGUUAACAAGCUUGUUUGAAGACGUUAGAAACCUUUGGAGCGCCUAUGCGUGGUCGAGCGUUUCUGAUUAUUGA